CCAUGUCAACAUAACGAGGGCGGCGCCCGAAAUGCCCUCCCCCCUCCUCGGAAUCUGGACACACACACACUGUACAUGGUGUCUGCGUUACAGCUUUCGCCAUCAAUACGAAGAAGUCGCCGGGUGGAAUCGCCAUGCGGAAAAUGGCAAAAGAAGCAACUCAUGAGCGCAUGAUCGUCCGGCCAGCCAUCAACGGAUUUUCUUUUGUUUCUUCUUCUGUUCCUGUAGACUGAUAAAUUCCCUUCGAGAACCUCCAUUCAACUGACCUUACUGUCCACAACUGUUUCCUUCCUCACAGCAUCUGUCUUCUCUUCUCUUCCUCUUUCUCUCUGUCACUCACACACACACACACAUACACCACCCAAUCCACUCACCUACAGUACCCUAAAGUCUCCCUCAUAGACCUUCGCCGAUACAAUGUCUAACCUUCCCUCCGAACCCGAGUUCGAGCAAGCCUACAAGGAACUUGUCUCGACGCUCGAGAACUCGUCCCUUUUCCAGAAAAACCCAGAGUACAGAAAAGCCCUCGCAGUCUGCUCCAUCCCAGAAAGAAUCAUCCAAUUCAGAGUGGUAUGGGAGGACGACAAGGGCCAGGUUCAGGUCAACCGCGGUUACCGAGUCCAGUUCAACUCGGCACUUGGCCCUUACAAGGGCGGUCUCCGAUUCCACCCCACGGUCAACCUGUCGGUCCUGAAAUUCCUGGGGUUCGAGCAGAUCUUCAAGAAUGCCCUGACCGGCUUGAACAUGGGUGGUGGAAAAGGUGGUGCGGACUUUGACCCCAAGGGCAAGUCGGACAAUGAAAUCAGAAAAUUCUGCUGUGCAUUCAUGAGCGAGCUCGGGAAACACAUUGGCGCAGAUACUGAUGUCCCAGCUGGUGACAUCGGUGUGUCUGGCCGUGAGAUCGGUUGGUUGUUCGGACAGUACAAAAAACAAACGAAACUGUGGGAAGGUGUAUUGACCGGCAAAGGAGGUAGCUGGGGAGGUUCUCUCAUUCGACCAGAAGCAACUGGCUACGGUCUGGUAUAUUACGUUGAGCACAUGAUCAAUUAUGCCAGUGGCGGCAAGGAAUCUUUCGCGGGCAAACGAGUUGCCGUGUCCGGCUCCGGCAACGUGGCCCAGUAUGCCGCCCUGAAGGUGAUUGAGCUCGGAGGCACCGUCCUCUCACUCAGUGACAGCAAGGGUUCCAUCAUCGCCACGACCGAGUCCGGCAUCGACGCCGAGAUGAUCGAGGCCGUCGCCAAGAUCAAGGUCGACCGCAAGCAGCUGGCCGACGUCGCCCACACGUCCGAGUUCAGCGGCAAGGUCAGGUACAUCGACGGCGCGAGGCCGUGGCUGCAGGUCGGCCGGGUCGACGUCGCCCUCCCCUCCGCCACCCAGAACGAGGUCUCCCAGGAGGAGGCCGAGGGCCUGAUCAAGGCCGGCUGCAAGUUCAUCGCCGAGGGGAGCAACAUGGGCUGCACCCAAGAGGCCAUCGAUGUCUUCGAGGCCCACCGCAAAUCCAACAAGGGGAGUGACGCCGUCUGGUACGCCCCCGGCAAGGCCGCCAACGCCGGCGGCGUGGCGGUCUCGGGCCUAGAGAUGGCACAAAACUCGGCCCGCAUCUCGUGGACCGCCGAGGAGGUCGACUCCAAACUCAAGGACAUCAUGCGGAAUUGCUUCCAGAACGGCCUCGAGACCGCAAAGACCUACCUCACCCCGGCCGAGGGCGAGUUCCCCAGUCUGGUGGCCGGUAGCAACAUUGCAGGCUUCAGCAAGGUGGCCGCCGCCAUGAAGGAUCAGGGUGAUUGGUGGUGAUUUUUUUCAAUGAUCGACUGAUUGUAUACCCCUCUAAAUUAUUGCGUUUGUUUUUGGUUCUAGUAGAUUAUAUGGAAGAUGGGCGCGGAGUUUAGACAGGCUAAAAUAUGAACAUUUGUAAAUG